AGACCCUCUUCCUUUCUUCUCAAAGAAAGUUCUCUCCUUGCUCAGGCCUCAGCUCACUGCAAAUUCCCUACAUCGAUCCUCUCCCCAUCGUCGCUUGCAAAAUGGCUUCUUCUUCCAGCGCUCGAAGCAGCUGUGUGGCCACAUGCCUCGUGCUGCUUCUCCUGCUCGUCAGCCUGCGAGAAGCCUCCGCCGCGCGCCCGCUACGGCCGGCCGGCGACGUGUCCAGCGAGGUGAAGUACCCGGCGGUCGUCGACAAGUACGCGCCCCUUCUGCUCGCCAUGCUGCCGAGGGCCCCGACUCCGCCGUCCGCCCCGAGCGGUGGCACGAACGAGGCCAGGAACUGAUCGAUCUAUAGCACAGAAAUCGUUAGGCAUACCUACGUAUACUCAGUGGUUGAUGGUUUGUUCUGUUUUGCAGUACAAAAACUUGUACAGGAUUGUUAGAGUGGGAAACGGACGUAUAGUGUAGGAUAUUACCCCAAAAAUUAUACCUUCAUUC